AUGGAAGCGCUAGUUCGCGAAAGGAAGUCGCUUGACUCACGCCUUAAAAGAUCCAUCGAAAGUCUGACCCGGUUGCAAGGCAGUGAAGAAACGGAGGAGUUAGAUAUCCAGACCGAAAUCGAUAAUCUCCAAAAAAUCUGGAAUGAUUAUCUUCUCGUUCAUAAACGUAUGAUCGAGACAUGCAAGGAUGAGGAAGUCGACGGCAUUCUAGAACAUCUCGAAAAUUUCGAAAGUUCAUUUCUGGUGAAUAAAAAUCGUCUCCUAAAACUUCUAAAAAGGGUCAGUUUCGCCACAUCCACGAGGAUACAACCUUCUGCCAGUCAAGAUGGCGGUGACGCCAUUCGUGUUCUUGUCGAGCAACAAGCUGAAUUUCUGCGCCAAAUGUCUAUCAGCUUUGCACCGGUCAACCCGCCAAGUACAUCUGAGCGUCCAUCUCAAGAACGACCGACAAUUGUUACGGACCUGAAACUUCCAAGGAUGACGUUGCCAGUAUUUUCAGGGAAUAUUUUAGAAUGGCAGUCGUUUUAUGAUCUGUUCGACAGCGCUGUUCAUAAAAACCCAGCCCUCACAGAUAGUCAACGUUUAUAUUUCCUGAAAACUAACUUGGAAGGAGAAGCAGCCACCUUACUGUCCCACCUUCGCAUUGAAGAUGCAAACUACGCUCCCGCGUUAGCCAAGUUGAAGCAGAGAUUUAACAAACCGUUUGAUAUUGCUGUACAACAUAUUCAGCGAUUCAUAAAUCAACCUCUACUUGCUACAACAUCAGCUGACGGACUUCGAUCACUGCACGACAUUUCCGACGAAUCACUACGAGCUCUUCAAGCGCUGAACCGAAACGAUCGUGAUAUCUGGUUGCUGUACAUACUCACCGAGAAAUUGGAUGACGAUACAAAGCAGCUUUGGUGUCAAAGGCGUUCUGAAAUGUCCGACGAGGAUGUUACACUGGAAACCUUACUAAAGUUCAUCGAUAAUCAAAGCAUCGCCCUUAAGUCCAUCGAAGCAACACGGCCUAAAUCUCAACUAGCAGUGAAACAGCCAUCAAAACACCAAUUCCGAAACCCUCCAACAUUGGUUGCUACUAACCAAUCAGCCAGCGACAACACUUGUGGAUUCUGCUCCAAGUCACCGCAUCAAUUAUAUCAAUGUGGUAAGUUCAUUCAUGCAAAUGCUUAUGACCGACUCAAUUUCAUUCGUAGGCAUCAACUAUGCACCAAUUGUCUGAGGCAACACACAAAUGAACCUUGCAAAUCAGGCAAUUGCAGGCAAUGCAAUCAACCUCACCACACACGCCUACAUGAUGCCCUACAACCACCAACUGUGCACGACGUUACAUCUACAACAGUGAACACAAAGAAUGUAACUCAAACCCUCAUCUCGCCACUGAAUUUAGCUACAGAUUUGGCGGACACCAACGUUCUUUUACUCACUGUAACUAUCAGCGUGCUGGAUAAAUUCGGCAGACUACAUGCAUGUCGGGGUGUUCUCGAUUGUGCCUCACAUACCAGCUACAUCACUCGAGAAUUCUGCCAACAACUUCGCCUACCAACAGUACCGGUGGACUUCGAGUUUGGCGGCAUCUCAGGGGCAUCCGGACACGCAACUGAAGGAGCUCUCAUCACAUUCGGCUCACGAUGCUCCGACUACCAAAACACCGUUCCCUGUGUUGUGCUGGACCGAAUAACUUCUGAACUACCUCUGAAGCCGGUUAACAUCACAGGCUGGCCUAUUCCACGCUCAAUUGUCAUGGCAGAUCCCCAGUUCCAUCACCCUGGUAAAAUCAGCAUGCUGCUCGGCAAUAAAAUAUUCUCUCAACUUCUCGAGCCUGGUAGUAUCAACCUCAGCCCCUACGGCAGCCUACCGAUUCUUCUAAACACCAAACUUGGUUGGGUGGUCUCCGGUGGCUACAAAAACGACGUUCAAUCGAUCCCAUCCCCUCCUACACCAUCGUGCCUCAUAACCAUUACCGAUGAGACCCUUUCCACGCAGCUGCAACGGUUUUGGGAAAUUGAGGAAUAUCAACCGCCGAAAACACACUUGAGCGAUACAGAGGUUCAGUGUGAAAAGCAUUUCUCUCAACACACAAUUCGUGAUGAAUUCGGUCGUUUCACUGUUCGUUUUCCAUUUAUUGAAAGGCCUGACCAGCUGGGAGAAUCCCGUGAGAUCGCAGCUAAUAGAUUUGCCCACUUAGAACGAAAACUCGAGAAGAAUCCCAUACUCAAAACUCAGUAUCACCAAUUCAUUCGAGAGUACAUCGACAUGGGUCAUAUGUCUCUCGCAUCAAAUGCGCCUCCCAAAACAGCUGUUUUUCUGCCUCAUCAUUGUGUUGUGAAGGCGGAUAGUAGCACCACAAAAUGCCGAGUGGUUUUCGAUGCGUCAGCAAAAACAAGCAACGGGAAGUCCCUUAACGAUAUUUUGCUGGCGGGACCUGUAUUGCAACCUGCGCUCAUCGACAUUUUACUUCGGUUCAGAUUCCCUGCAGUUGUAGUUGCAGGGGACCUUCAAAAAAUGUAUCGGAUGGUUCAACUGCAUGAUGAUGAACGAGAUUUCCAGCGAAUUUUAUGGCUGCUUUUGGCAAACCAACAAAAAUAUCCCACUGCCGUGGAAAGGGCCCUUCAAGGAAUAUACGUCGACGACGUCUUGACCGGGACUGACUCUGAGGAAGAUGCUAAACUACUUCGCGAGCAGCUUGUCGAGAUUUUCGCUUCUGGCGGUUUUCAUCUUCGAAAAUUGGCUUCUAAUAGUACCGUCGCUCUUCAAGGAGUUCCCGAAAGUGAUCUCGAAAUCAAAGUUCCUCUUGAAAUCGACCCAACGAAUACUAUCAAGGCUCUCGGAAUCCACUGGCAGCCGUGCAGCGACAUGUUCCAGUUCACGUAUCAUCAAUCUAAGAUCCUUCAGCCCACCAAACGUAUCAUCUUAUCUCAAAUUGCAAGCUUAUUUGACCCUCUUGGUCUCUUAGCACCCGUCAUCGUGAAAGCUAAAUUGGUGAUGCAAAAGCUGUGGGAGCUGAAGGUGGCCUGGGAUAGUACUCCCCCUGGUGAGUUGCUCAAUACAUGGUUAGAAUUUGUCCAAAGUCUGCCGCUUCUCAAUUCGUUUCAGAUUCCACGAAGAGUCAUCGGCGUCGCAGUGGCAUCGCGAUUGUUCCUGCACGGCUACAGUGAUGCUUCCGAGAGAGCCAUGGGAGCAUGCGUUUAUAUUCGCUCCAUCGAUAGCAGCGGCAACCUUUCAUCCCAUCUACUCUGUUCCAAGUCCAAACUGGCCCCCAUCGGUAACAAACGGAUGACACUACCCCGACAGGAACUUUGUGCUGCGCUCUGCCUCGCCCGGCUUAUCAGCAACGUAAGCAGAGCAAUUCCAUCAUCGUUCGCUGAAAUACGAGCAUGGACAGAUUCCCAAGUCGUGCUAGCUUGGCUUAACGGCGGAGCUUCCAGAUGGACCACUUUCGUGGCCAAUAGAGUUGCCGAGAUAAACACCCUUCUGCCGUCAAUAAAUUGGGAUCACAUCGAUACUAAACAAAACCCAGCUGAUUUAGUAUCUCGGGGUGCUUCACCUCAAGAGCUCCACAACAACAGCCUGUGGUGGAUCGGCCCCGAAUGGAGCCCACUGGCAGGUCAUCUGAAAUUAUCACCAAGAAUAACACUCGAUACAGAUCUUCGUCAAAUGAUCUCCCGCGAGGAGAGAAAAAUCACCAUUUGUCUAAUCACUCCUCACGAAAGCACCUUUCUUGAUGAGCUCAUGUCCCGAUAUUAUCUCGACCUACGCAUGCUCUCUCGAGUAACUGCUCGACUGCGUCGUAUCUUCGUACGAGAAUUUAAGGUUUCCACAUGCCUAGUUCCCCUCGAAACCAAUCAAGCUCUGCAAAUUCUCAUUCGUCACACACAACGAAAGGGCUUCCCAAAUGACCUUGAAUCCCUUGAACUCGGCAAAGAGUUAAAAAAUCAAAGUUCUCUUUUGCAGCUAAAACCAUUUCUGGAUGAUGACGGGAUCGUCAGGGUGGGCGGCAGGCUGAACCACUCGUGUCUCACUUACGACGAGAAACACCCGAUAUUAUUGCCACGAAGCUCAAUCCUAACGGCCUACAUUCUUCACUCGGAGCACAUCAAUAAUCAUCAUUGUGGUCCGCAAACUUUGCUGGCAAUAUCUCGACGUCGUUAUUGGAUUAUCUGUGGAACGAGUGCUGCAAGGAAAACCUAUCGACAGUGUGUUGUGUGUGCUCGAUCGAAGCCGGUGCCGAAUUCGCAGAUGAUGGGUCAGCUGCCACAGGAACGCGUCAUCCCACAACCUACGAUUGCAGUAACCGGUGUGGAUUAUGCGGGGCCAGUUUGUUUGGUUGGACGCAGAGCUCGGGGUGUCAUCUCUAGCAAAGGGUACAUCGCACUCUUCGUCUGCUUCUCGACAAAGGCCGUGCAUUUAGAAGCAGUUUCGGAUUUAAGCACAUCAGCGUUUCUUGCCGCCUUCAUAAGGUUUUCGAGUCGAUAUGGCCUUCCCAUGAAGAUGUUCUCCGACAAUGCACCAAAUUUUCGAGCUGCUAAAAGGCAGUUGCGAGAAGUUCACGAGCUGGUGAAAUCUGCAGACCACAAUCAUCAGGUGACUGAUUUUUUAACCGACAAAGGUGUGGAAUGGAAAUUUAUUCCAGCACGAUCACCUCAUCAUGGUGGUCUCUGGGAAUCAGCGGUAAAGGUAGCUAAACAACUUCUGGCAACCCUAACAAGCAACAAUAUCUUCACCUUCGAAGAGCUUUCUACCUUUCUCGCCCAAGUUUCAGCAACCAUGAAUUCAAGGACCGAUCACUCCUAUAUCAAAUAG